CAUCUCAGAGCACAAAACUUCUUUUCAACCAAACGAGCAUUUUCUCUCUUCAAAGCACUCACUACUUCACUUUCUUUUUUCCCAACUCGACCAAUAUAACAAACAUGGCUCCUACCUUUAGCAGCACCAAACGCAAUGCCGCCUCAGCCCUGACUAGGGCCUCAAGCCACCCUCCUAGGAGGGCUUAUGUCACUUUCUUGGCUGGAAACGGUGACUAUGUCAAGGGUGUGGUGGGAUUGGCCAAGGGGCUCAGGAAAGUUAAGAGCAAGUACCCACUUGUGGUCGCCAUCCUACCAGAUGUUCCCGAGGAUCACCGAGAGAUUUUGGUCAAGCAAGGGUGCAUUGUCAAGGAGAUCGAGCCGGUGCACCCGCCGAAGAACCAGACCCAGUUCGCCAUGGCCUACUAUGUCAUCAAUUACUCGAAGCUCCGUAUCUGGAACUUUGUGGAGUACAAGAAGAUGGUUUACUUGGACGGGGACAUUCAGGUGUUCGACAACAUUGACCACCUUUUUGACAUGCCGGACGGCAACUUCUAUGCCGUGAUGGACUGUUUCUGUGAGAAAACAUGGAGCCACACUCCUCAGUACAAGAUUAAAUACUGCCAGCAGUGCCCGGACAAGGUUCAGUGGCCGGCGAAGUUGGGUCCUAAGCCUCCUCUCUACUUCAAUGCCGGCAUGUUCGUCUUUGAGCCAAGCCUCUCCAUCUAUGAUGAACUCUUGAAGAAACUCAAGAUCACCCCUCCAACCCCUUUCGCCGAGCAAGACUUUUUGAAUAUGUUCUUCAGGGAAAUCUACAAGCCAAUUCCACCAAUUUACAACCUUGUCUUGGCCAUGCUAUGGAGGCAUCCGGAGAACAUUGAGCUAGACAAAGUGAAGGUGGUGCACUACUGCGCCGCAGGGUCCAAGCCGUGGAGGUUCACCGGAAAGGAAGAGAACAUGGAGAGGGAAGAUAUCAAGAUGUUGGUGAAUAAAUGGUGGGAUAUUUACAAUGAUGAGUCACUGGACUACAAGAAUUUUGUGCCUUCCGGUGAAGAUAAGGCCGUUCGCCAGCAACCAUUAAUCAUGGGGAGGCCGUCGGAGGCUGGCGUCGUUUACCACAUAUGCGCCCCAUCCGCUGCCUAACUGGUUUGUUCCGGUGUUAUAACCAGGAGUAUGAAAUUUUUUAUGCAUUGAUUUGUGUCUUUGGGCUGCUCAAUUUUUUUUUUUUUUUUUACAAAGUACAAAUUUAGAGUGGGAUUACACUUGCCACCUGCACCUACACCCUUUCGCUCUUUUUGUUAAGGGUUCAAGCUGACAGUGCAAUAAUAUUGUAACUAUUCACUCACCUCCCAAUUUUCCAUUCAUCAAAAAAAAAAUUUAGAGUGGGAUUUAUAUCAGAUCCUAAGGUUAGGGCAGCACAAUUCUUAAAAGCUUACAGCAAAUCGGCCUAGAAGCCCAGGUGCAGGUUUUUGGGCUUUCUUAUUUUUGUACAUAGAAAGCCUUUUUAUGUUCAUUUUCAAGGGAGUGUGAACCGUGGAAGGUGUGAGAAGAGGACUUUACUCUUCUGGCUUGAUAUAUAUAUAUAUAUAUAUAUAUAUAUAUAUUACUCUAUGUAAUUGUUUUGAAGUUUAAUUUCUACUAAUAAUAUAAAAAAAUAUUUUCUGU